AUGUCCGACGGCAUUACGAUAUACCAGGAAGAAGGAACCGGUCAGUGGCUCGAGCAGAGGGCGUCCCUGUUAGACUUGAAUAUCGAGCGCCUAGAAAAGUCGCUCAUUAUAUUCGCCAAACCCGAGAGUCUUAGACUCCAGUACAGCCACUUCUUUCCUGAGGCGUUCGCGCCCGUCAUUUGCACGGACAUUAAUGGUUCAUUCUUCUGCGAUGAUGUCCUCGACGACAAUGAUAACCUCAUCAAACAUGCUAAUUGGGCAGUGUCCUGGUCCUGCUUCAAAAUCAAAUUCGUUGAUAACCCACGUAUUUACAAUUGGGUCCAGCCCGCCAUCUUCAUGAUAUGGUUCCCGGACACACUCAAGCAUGUCAUUUUUAUUAUUGACCAUCCGCUCUCACCAGGCGAACUCCUCCCGCUUCUGCCUACACAGCGAGCAACCCGCAAUCCGUAUACUUGGCACGCUGCGUUUGCGGGCACCAUGAUGGGUCAAUACGACAAAUCGUUCUGGGGGCUGCGAAAUAUAGUGCGGGACACCGAAAAGGCAAGAGACAACCCCAACGACCUCGACCCGGGUUUUUUCCCCAAUUUGCACGACAUUGCUCGGCACGUCUUCCACUCAAACGAAACGCUUGAGAUAGCCGAGCAUACGCUGCAGAGCCUGGUGAAAGAGCAGUGCCGCUGCCGCGAGCUGUAUUCCAGUGUCAGCAAGGGCGACUGGCUCCAUAAUGAACGACUGCUGCUUUUCCGGGCGAAGCAAUUGCAUUCGUUGAAGACGAGGAGUCGGUCUUUAGCGGAGCGGUUGCACAACGAGAUCAAUCUGGGAUUCAAUCUUGUGUCCCAACGGUUUGGUAGCGAUGCCAAGUCGGAUAAUGCCAUGAUGAAGACGGUUGCGAUCGUCAGUAUGGUGUAUCUGCCAGGGACAUUUGUCUCGGGCCUGUUUGGCACCAAUUUCUUCGACUACUCCGAUGGAAAGGAGGUUAUGACGGACUCCUUCUGGAUCUAUUGGGCUAUCACAAUCCCAUUGACCCUGCUGACGAUGCUGAUCUGGGCAUGUUGGCAUUAUUAUCCGAAGAAGAAGCCGACUCCGGGGAAGAAAAGGAUGGAUACAUUUCCAGUUAAGCCUUGAUGCUCGACUACGAUCUGAUAUGGUAAUAUGAUGUUGAUACAAGUUGGAUACGAUUGAUGUAUACGAUAUAAUGAGUUACGAAUAUAUUUUGGAUGAUCAGUGUCAUUGACUUCGGAUCGUUUCCACAACAGGCAGUACCAU